AUGGGUUUCCUCGGCGGCCUCCUGCCGCGGAACCCGGCCAAGUACCUCCUGGCGGCCUUUAUCCUGCAGAGCGUCUACAUCCUCUCGUUCCAGCACAGCGCCAAAAGCCAGGCGCAGAUCCAGCGCACGACGCUGACCAAGCACUACUCGCUGGGGGAGACGCUGGCGCACGGCUCGAGCGCCGAGGACCACGGCCUCAUGGGCGUCAAGGUCGCCGCGCUGGCGGACCUGGCGGGCCAUUAUCUCGAGAACCCGUCGCUGGACACGCGCGAGGUCAACGACGUCGUGGCGCAGUUGUUUCCCUGGUGGGAUCCCGCGAUGAUGGAGUAUUACCCCUGGAAGAGGCUGCAGUCGUGGAAGGAGAGGAUCGUGUCCAGCGUCAUCGAGUCAUCCUCAAAGACGGGGACGGGGCCACACACGGGGAUUGUGAUGAGCGUCAUGGACUCGUUUGCAAAGGAGGCCGCACAUUUGAUCGGGUCCCUGCGCAAUGUCCACGGGUGUCGCCUCCCAAUCGCGAUCGCGUACAUGGGCGACGACGACCUCGGGCCUCGCACGCGCGAGUUUCUGCGCAGGCGGGCCAAGGAUAUCAGCUUCAUCGACCUGACGGCCGUGUUUGACCAGGACCUCGUCCACCUGGAAGGAUACGCCAUCAAACCUUUCGCGCUGCUGGCCAGCCCUUACCCGCGGACGAUUCUGAUGGACGCCGAUGCCGUAUUCUUCGCCAAUCCGGACAACUUGUUCGACGAGUACCCCGGGCUACGGGACACGGGGGCGCUUUUCUUCCACGACCGCAACAUCAAUUCCGGCAGCGACCGGCACGACUGGCUCGAGCGCCAGCUGGAAGCCGCCGGACGGCCCCCAUCGGCCUACCUGAACGAGAGCUCGCUCUUUUACCGACGGUACUCGAGCGAAGAGGCCGACGCGGCCGUGGUCUGCGUCGACAAGUCGCGCGUGGGACUGUACAUGGCGGUGCUGUUUACGUGCUGGAUGAACACCAAGGAGGUGCGGGACUUGUCGACGUUCCGGGUGUGGCACGGCGACAAGGAGUCGUACUGGGUGGCGACCGAGUUGAUGGGCGUGCCGUACGCGUUCGAACCGUGGUACGCGGCCCGUCUGUCGCAGUCGCAGGAGACGGGGAUCCAAUUGCUCAUGGACGACGAGCAUGAAUGGAAGAAGCAGCACCCGGGCCUUUCGGGAGAAACGGCGUGGGAUGACGGCGGAUCUGAUCUGCAGCAACAGAGUGAAACGCCUCCGCCAGAACACAGCUCUUGUACACUCCACAUGGCCCAUUCGGAUGCUUGGGGCAUUGAACCGCUGUGGGCCAACGGGGCGCUGUGGUAUGACAAGGGAAACAAAGACCACGGCCUUGGCAACUGGACACACUGGUACCUGGGGGACCGGGUGCACGCGGUGCUCGAGGCAUAUCCCGACCCGAAAUCUGACGGUUCUGGGGAUAGCACUGGGAAUGAUAACGAUGAUGAGGGUGACGACGACGCAGCCAAGAAACGACAGGAGGAAGUGGAACAGAAGAUCUUGGCCACGCAGCCCGAGUGGCUCUUCAUGGACUGGCCCCGCGACUACACGACGUGCUUCAAGCGCGACCACUCUCGGUGGAGACAGUUGUCGCCCGACUUUCGAGAUCGGCUGGAGAGGAUGCAGGAUGAGGUCCGGCGGGUUGAGAUUGAGUAUGAGAUUGAGAUGGGAGAGAGGGAGGGGUGA